UCCAAACACAAGGCAUUUCAGGUCAAAUCCAUCACCCAGAAUCCUGCAGCUUGCUCGGCCCCGAGAAUCUAAAACGGUUUGGCUCACGACACCCGUAAAGGUGAAUUGGGGAAACCAGGAGACAAUAUGGUCGCCGUCCUGGUCCGCAUUACAAGCUGUACCGACAUCAAGGAUUCUAGCUCUGUCGCAACCCAAAAAGGAUUUCUCUGCCCUCCAUGAAGAAAUGCUCAGGAAAAGGCGCGUGGAGGUUGAGGAAGAAAAGAAGAAGGGGGCGUGGCUUCCUUCCAGUACAGCUCAGUAUGAACAUGUCACGCGCUUGGCAGCCCCAAAUUAUCGUCACAGGAGCUUCAGGGCAGUCAGCCCCCCUCACACAAACCGAUGUGAGCACAGCUGUCCUGUGUGGCACAUCAGCCCUGCAGUCCGCACAGCUGUCGCCUCUCCUCGAAUUCUUCAGCUUGCUCAGCCCAGACACACACACCCCGAGUUCAAGAGCAACCGCCAGAACACAGAAACAUGCAUUUCAUGUGCAGCAAAAUCAGCUCGGGCGAGUCCGAGACUCGAGCAGUUGUGUGUGCCCAGACUGCGAGAGAGCAAACUCUUCUACCAGCUUGGAUGUCCUGAGAGCUCCAUCAGGCCAGUGUCUAAAGGAGCGAGGAAAGCCACAGCAAGCACUCGUGUGAGAGAGCUCUCCGUCCCAAAGAGCUACUUGCCUCCCUGAAAUAAGCUAUAAAGAGACAGAGACCUCAUAAUCACAUACCCGGAUAUGAUUAUUAUAUAUCAUGGAUCAAGAACACACAACAGAGAGGAAGGAAAAAUAAACAAGUAUAACACAUGGACUGAUUAAAUGACCACACUAAGAAACAUGUAAAAAAGUUUCCAUGUUUUUUUUUUUUCUUUCUGUUUUUCUGUUUUUGCUAUCUGCAAACCUCAGACUUUACCUUGGAACGGUUCGAUUUGAAAUUGGAAAGGUUGUGUUGUUUUAAGUGAAAUGCCAGAACAGUAAA